AUGGUGAUGCCACGAGACAGUGCUCGUGGAAGAUUACGGUCCCACGAGGCCUGCCUCAACUGCAGACGAAAGAAAACCCGCUGCCCGGCCGAGAAACCCUCUUGUUCCAGCUGUGUACGCCUGAACCAACCAUGCCUGUAUACAUCGAUCUCGAGAAGCUCAAGGGGUGGUCCAUCAGACGAUCGGCUCGCCUUCCUGGAGGAGAAAGUCAAUCUCAUUCUCAGCGGCUCUAGACCAACACAAGACAUUCAGUUGGAAAAAGGGCGCGAGGGUGCACAUGGAGUGAAUGGAAAUUCAGAGACAUCGUAUCCAACGCGCGCGCCUUCGAAUGAACCUCUUAACCCUGUCUCCGACCCUUUCUUCCUCGGUUUUGGCUACGAUGACUCCGCUUCCCAGCCAACAUCGCCGGCAAUCGCUAAAGCCAUUGACCUCUACUUUGAAUAUUGCCAUCGUCAGCCAAUUUGGUGUUUCAAUCGGGAAGAGGUCUCCGAUCCAAGCUGUCUUUCGGAGGAACUUGUCUGUUGCCUGCUGGCGCUAACCUCAAGAUUCUCGAGAGACAGAGAUCAGUUAGAGCACUAUGGCGACAGUGCAAGAAGCUUGGUCAUGCUUCGUAUGGCGAAUGGUACGGUCGAGCUCGAGACAAUUGAGAGUCUUUGUUUGCUCGCCUAUUCUUCAUUUUUAGGUAUGGAAAAGACCCAGCUGUUUCAUUAUGUCGCAAGAAUUGAUUUUGGUAUAGAUGGGAAUAUUCAUCUCGGUCGCUUCCAUCUUGGUCUUGCGUUACAUCUCUGCCGGUCAGCAACGCUAGAUCUCGAAUCGACUUAUGUUGGGGAAGGUCCUAUCACAGAGCGCAAGAAGCGCUUGUUUUGGAGUCUCCAGUGUCUCGAGCAAUCGUACGGACAACAGAAUGGUUUCCUUUGUGUUCCAUCCGAAAUCCUGCGCGCAUUUUAUGUUUCAUCAAGUAGCGACCGAAUGAUGCAAAGCGAGAGCGAAGCAAAGCCUCCACCACUACCGACCGACGAUCUCGGAUGCCUAACCUCCUCUGAUAUAGGAAUCUGGAGUCUAGCAGCUCACUUCGGCUGGGUCUGGAGUAGAGUCCGAACAUAUGUUUCAGACUGUGCUCGGAACAGACUAAAAGAGCCAUGGAGACAUGACUCGAUGUAUUCCAUGGUGCUCUCGGAUCUGACAGAAAUUGAGAACAAACUCUCCCAAUGUCACCGAUACGACUCUGUCAAAUUUUACGAGCGCACGGGAGAAGAGCUGGCAAUGAACCGAGACUACUGGACUCCGUGGCUCAAGUUGCAAUUUACUUAUCAUUGUAUUCUGACCGUGCUCAACCACCCAUUCCUCUACAUCGUCGCAUCGCAAUACAAUGACAACCUCGCAAUCCCUAAUGCCUUUUGGAGGCGUUCUUCAGAGCUGGUUCUCUUACACGCCACUUGGCUCGUCCGUAUGAUAGAUAUGGUUUCGGAGAAGAAAGUGCGUCUCAUUGAUCCAUUCUUUGGGCACGCCGCUGCGAUUGCGGCCACAGUACAUCUAUAUUAUUGCUGCGCUGCGGAUCCUCGAUUGAAAUACAAGUCCAAGGUGGAUUUUACUAAAUGCAGAAAGUUCCUCAAGACUUUUGUGGGCUUCUCGUCGGCCUGUGCAAACCUGGACCAAACUUUGGACAAGAUGACCCGAAUUGCUACUGGAUCGGAAGAUGUCGAUUAUGACUGGGAACCUGAGAAAAUUCAUCUCAGCAUCCCUCUGAUGUGGGAUGUUCUUCAGGUUAAUUGCAAACCCAAGCCACAUGAAGUGUCUACUGGUGGCUUACUACAUCCAUCAUUGACUCCCACCAUUUCAACAGAAGAGGCAGAUGAUAGCCCCACAUCCACCCUAGAGGUCAUCGUCGCCAUGUCUCCGAAUAUCACUGUGAACACCGCGGAUGGUGGCCAGGCCGCCCACAUGCCUCCGAAUCUGCCACGCGUUUCUACUGCAAAAUACUCGCCCGACUUAGGCAUAGGAGAAAAGCUACUUGCCCCAGCUGAUAGUCUAAUGACUAACACUCCCUGGCUUUGGGCUGAAGCCUCGCAGUUUGUUGACCUGGAAAACAGUGUUGGAUACGCCGAUUCAGAAUCAGCCCUCGGCAACAUUGAUGGAUUUUCCACCUGGUGGGACUUUGGAAAUUUAUAG